AUGGCAGCUUUCGUCGCACUGUUCCUGCUCGUCGCUGUAGCAGUGGUGGGGUUCGCUAUCAGACACUGGUUGUCUGGUCGACUCUCGCCGCUGAAGGACCAUUCGAAGAAGCAAGAGGAACUGAACACUGAUGGAGUCGAGAUCGUUAUCCAGAAACCUGUUCCUGAGCGCCGUCUGAAGCUGGCGUUGCCUGAUCUCUCCUCUAUCCAGAUCGGCUCACCUGUUGGCCCGAUGAAGUCGUCAAUCCGAAGUGCUCUGAAGGAACUUCGCUCUCGUCAGAUGGUGCAGAGUCUUUGCAGUAGAUUUGAGUCCCGGACGAAGGUGCCGAGUGAGGCUGAACAUGAUACCAAAGAUACUACGAAGAAAUCGGUAGCUGGGGCGACUCAGCAGACGAAAACUCGCCGUCGAGACGCACGGGACGCAGCUGUUGCUCCUGUGUUGUUGGCCAGCGACCUCGCGAAGGAGGCUGAGAUCACCGCGAAUGCUCGAUCGAACAAUUUGAACAAGUUCCUACGCAGUUACGCGUCCAACCUGGACAAUGCCAUCUCCGCAGAGCGACGUGUCACGACCACUAAUAAAGUCGUUUCGGUCGAGCGGAGUGUCGUCAUCAGGGACGCAGAGGAUGACGUUAAACAGCCUUUGCUUGUUCAGACUGGAAAAUCAGCGAAAGCGGAGAAGACGACUCCAUCGUCGAGCGAGAGCGAUGAGUCUAUCAUGGAUCUGGACAGGAAUUCGUUUGGCGGUGAGCGCCGUCGUCUCACACGCCUUGUACCUUUAGAACUGGAUCUGCGGACGCUGAAAGUAAAAACCGAGUACUCGAACCAGUGCGACUCGCCCCCGACUGCAGGCAGUGAAGAGGAGGUUCCUGGCCUGGUUGACGCAACAGACUGCGAGCCGUUUGUCGACGAGGAGCCCGAAGUGGGCAAUAACAACGCCAACCGCGGCAUCGCAGCACGACUCUCAAUAGCCUUCACUCUGUUAGACUUCCCCGACGUCACCAAGAAGAUGGCACCGGAAUCCGACAACAGACCCGAAUCCUGCUCAGACCCUCCGGCCAAGGAGGCCCUCGCUCGCUUCAAGCAACAGGUUCCAUCGAAUAGACGGCGUGCACACACCAUCGCCCCACUAAAAAUCUAA